UAUUGACACGUCGUACAUCUACUCUUCUUUUUUUUUUUUUCGUUUUCUUCUUUCUAACGAUCAGUUCCUUCUUUUUAUUCUGUUCGGAUGCUCUGGGUGUGCAUGGCCUCGCAGGCGCUCGCGAAGCUCGGCCCGCCGGCAAAGGCCGCGCUGCGCGCGGCGGCCGGGGAGGCCUUCAGCAGGCAGCUGCACGGGUUCUCGACUGCGGACAAGGCGCUGCUCAUGUGGUCGCUGGCGAAGUCCCGGGUCGCGCACCCGGCCCUGUGCCGGCUCCUCGUCCAGAGCCUGGCCGCGGACUGCGUCUCGAGGCUGCAGCGGGACAUCGUCAGCGCCACGCUGUGGGCCGCGGGCGUCAUCUGCCCCGCGCUCCCGGCGGGCGAGGAGUGGGCGGCGAAGCUGGUGCAGGACCUCUGCGAGGCGCGGCCCUGGGCGGGCGCCUCGCCGUUCGAGGUGGCCAACGCCGCCUGGGCCUUCGGGCAGCUGCCGCCGGAGUGGGUGGGCGAGUCCUGGCCUGCGCUGCUGGCCUCGGCGGAGAGGCUCUCGCCCGGAGCCCUCGCCCUGCACGAGCUCUGCAACUUCCUGAGCGGCCUGGGCCUGUGCCCCACGAGCGCCCGGGGCUCGCAGCAGCUGCUGGAGCAGGUCCUCUGCGAGGUGGUGGCCCGAGCCCGGAGCGGCGCGCGCAUCUCGAUGCACGACAAGCGCUCCCUGAAGCACAUGCUCUCCAUCCUCAGCGCGGAGGAGGGCUGGCCCAGGCUGCCCGAGCUCGAGGAACUGGGUAGAUUCGUCAGCGGCGAGCCCGAGGCAACCGGCAGACGCGUCGCUCCAGCGAACGCGUCCGCCGCGUGGAUGGCGGCGCCCGGCAUCAUUGUCGCGCCCGGCAGCUGGCAGGAGCCCGGCCUGGCCCCCGCCGAUCAGGCCGCCGGCUUCACGAGGCAGCCAGGGAGCACCGCCGCGCGCUGCUCGCCGCGAGGGGCUGGCGGCGCCAGCGCGGCCCAGUCCGACGGCUCAGGCUGCCAAGGUCCCGACGGCGGGCAUGCCGAGGCGCAUCCCCCGAGGGCGCGGCCGAAGGCGUUGAGCUUCACUUUCAAGGACGUGCACGACGCCGACAUCGGGUCGCCGGACUUGACCCCCAGGCACCCGGGGCUGAGCAGCACGGGAGGCCUCGCCACGGACGUGGGCGACAUCUCCCACAGCAGGGCGGCGUUCUUCCGGUGCGUGGCGGCGUCCACGACGGGCCAUUGGAGCGCAGACGCGCCGGGCAGCGGCGAGACGGAGCCCGACGCGCGCCGGGACGCCUCGGGGCACUGCGUGCAGCUGCGCAACACCUUCAUCCACGUCGAGUGCUCCGCCAACGACGAGGAGGACUCUGCCAGCCGCGGCGCCCGCCAGCGCGCCCGGUCCGUGGACACCAGCCUGCUCAGGGCCGCCGCCUCUCCGCGCCGCUCGCCGCGCCGCUCGCCCGCGCUGCGGCCGCUGGCCGACCCCGGGGGCACGCGCUCGGCCGGCAACUCGCCCGCUCGCUCGCCGGCGCCGCUGCCGCCGAGGAAGGGCGGCAGCCGCGGGAGCGCCGGCAGCGGCGGCAGCGGCAGCGGCACGAGCCGCGGCUCUGCCGGAGCGCUGGCGUUCCAGUGAGGUCAGGGCCACAGGAGCCAAGGCUUCCCGAGGAAGCGAAAGCGGGGUUGCCACCGAAUUCAAUCACAAACCUUCCGAACUCCGCUCGGAGUUCCUGGCUCGGCGAUGGGCGUCCCGCCCCUGGCGCGCUCCGCGCGCCAGAGGAGGGGCCCAGCGUCGCUCCGCGAGGUCCGCGCGGAGCUCCGAGACAUUGUGUGGGUGCUGUCUGCUGGACUUUGCCGACUCGGCCUCUGCGGGACACGGCCGGGGAGAACGAAGAGUGACGAGUCGAGAGUGUCUCGUCCCGCGGUUGCAGCUCUCUUGGGUCCCUUGGGUGUGCCAACGCUCUUGUUUACCAAAGGCCUGCUGUUACGUGGCCUCGGUGAGGCGUCUGUUUCUCCUACCCUUCUCCUGCUCCUCCUCCGCCUUCCUCCACUUUAGAUCCGCUACCCUUCGUGAGCGAAGCAGCAAGAGGUCACGGAAAGCUUUAGGAGGUGUUCUGUUUUGCAUUGUGAAAGUGGGGCUUGCGUAAUGUUCUUGUGUGAUCUGUGUUCUAGGUGCUUGUCAGGAAAGAGACUCCUGCAGGGCCUCGCGACUUCAGAACAGUAGGUUCGCGAGAGGAGGUUUAUUUUCAAGCGUAAGUCGGCAAUCUGAAAGGGGGG